UUUAAAUUAUCCCCACUUUGGUCACUUUCUCUCUCUUCCCUCCUCUCUCUCACUACUGCUAUUUUCUAUUUUGCCAUAUCUCUUGAUUCUCUCUAUUUACAUAUCUCUCCCUCCAUUUUCUCCGAUUGAUCGCCGGGAAAUCGAUUUCCGAUCACCGUCCUCCCUGCCGGGAAAUCAUGGAUCAUCCCUCUUAUAUACAUGUUCAGUUUCUGUUCUCUCUACGAUUCGUUGAAUAGAUCCGCAUUUGAAAAUUGACACAUUGCGAGAAUCAAGUGUUCGUAAUUAUUGUUGAUCUCAAUUUUAAUUUUUGUACAUAAGGAGGAGGAUAUGUUUUGGUUUUUAAUGUUUGAUAAAUGCUAAUAAGCGUAAGAAUUUAGGGUUAGGUUUUUGUUUUUUUUUUUGAUUUUGUAUUGAUUGGAGGAGAGAAAAAGAGAAGAAUGUUGAAUAAAAUUAUUAAGCGAGGGCAGAAAAAGGUGCCGAAAUCGGAUCCUUCGGAUUUCGUGGUUGCUGCUUCAGGUAAUCGGAGUUCCGGGUCGGUUUCAACAUCCAAUGUGGUAGUGAAUCAUGCUUCUAGAGGUGCUGGUGCUGGUGUUGGAGUGAUGAAUAAUUCGACGCAGCAGCAGACAGUGAUGUCAGCAGCAGUUCCGGCGCCGGGAACAAUGGAGGCACUUCCACUGUUGAAGGACGUGCCAAUGGCUGAACGGCAGAGUUUGUUCUUAAGGAAACUUCAGGUUUGUUGCUACCAAUUUGAUUUCAAUGAUACUAUGAAAAUGGUUAGGGAAAAAGAGAUCAAACGACAAACACUAGCCGAACUUGUGGAUUGCGUUCAAUCUAGUUCUUUGAAAAUCAGUGAAAUUAAUCAGGAAGAAAUGUUGAAAAUGAUAUCUGUUAAUAUAUUCCGGUGCUUGCCUCCGGCGUCUCAUGAGAAUACUGGGUCGGAAAAUGUGGAACCUGAAGAGGAAGAACAGUAUCUCGAGGCGUCUUGGCCGCAUUUACAGUUGGUAUAUGAGUUGUUAUUGAGAUAUAUAGUUUCAGCAGAUACUGAUACAAAGGUGGCCAAAAGGUUUAUUGAUCAUUCAUUUGUGUUGAAGUUAUUGGAUUCAUUUGAGUCCGAGGACCCAAGGGAGAGAGAGUAUUUGAAAACGAUUCUUCACCGGAUAUAUGGGAAAUUUAUGGUGCAUAGGCCAUUUAUCAGGAAGGCAAUUAAUAAUAUCUUUUAUAGGUUUAUAUAUGAGACUGAGAGGCACAGUGGAAUAGGUGAACUUUUGGAGAUCUUAGGGAGUAUUAUAAAUGGUUUCGCGUUGCCAAUGAAAGAGGAACAUAAGCUUUUCCUUGUUCGAGCUCUCAUACCGCUCCACAAGCCAAAACCAAUUGCAAUGUAUCAUCAGCAAUUGUCGUAUUGUAUUGUCCAGUUUGUGGAGAAGGAUUACAAGUUGUGUGAUACAGUUAUAAGGGGUUUGUUGAAAUACUGGCCUGUCACUAAUUGCCAAAAGGAAGUUCUCUUUCUUGGGGAACUUGAAGAAGUUCUGGAAGCCACACAAGCUGCUGAAUUUCAGCGCUGCAUGGUUCCUCUUUUUCGUCAGGUUGCUCGUUGCCUUAACAGCCCGCAUUUUCAGGUUGCAGAACGAGCCUUAUUUUUAUGGAAUAAUGAGCACGUUGUGAGUCUGAUUGCCCAGAAUCGGAAUGUUAUUUUACCAAUAAUUUUUGAGGCUCUGGAAAAAAAUAUAAGGAGUCAUUGGAAUCAGGCUGUCCAUGGGCUGACUGUAAAUGUCCGCAAAAUGUUCCUUGAAAUGGAUGCUGAUUUGUUUGAAGAUUGUCAGAAACAAUAUACCGAGAAAGCAGCUCGGGCGUCUGGCCUGGAAAAGCAGCGAGAGUUAAGAUGGCAGAGAUUAGCAGCUGCUGCUGGACAAGGAGGGUAAAGUACACGAUCGUUAUUCCUGAUAUGUCAAAUGCAGGAUUAGACACACCAAAUCAACCAUGUUCUUCUGUUAUAGUGGUAUUCAAUUUUCUCCUUUUUUUGUUCUUCUGUUUUCAAUAUGCCGGAUCGUUGAAGAGGAUGACAGGCAUUGCAGCAGGGUGUAAUUCAAGUAUGUAUUUCGAUAAUCACUAGUCGUGUGCUGCAGCUCAAGAAUGGUUUGUGGAAGUAUGAUGUUGUAAUUUGUUCUAUAUUUUUCGUCAGGAGAAACUUGUUUUCCUGCAAUGAACUCGAUGGAGCAAGAAAUUAUGUUAUUUAUACAGUUAAUUUACACUAAAUCAGGAGUGGGAGAGCAAAAGCCGAAGAAUAGAGGACUUCUCCAGGCUUUUUAUUCUGGGCAUUUUUCUUUUGUUCCUUCUCUUGAAAGAAGUAUUUUGGUUUUUGUUUCUCUUUUAUGUUUGUAUAGCUUGUAUGGUUUUUGGCAGUUCUUGAAAGUGUUAUAUAAGAGAACCUCCUUUAUGAUCUUCA